UAAUAUUAUAAUAAAAAUGGAUGAUAUAUCCCAUUUAAAUACGCCAGGGUUUAGUGGAGGUCAAAAUUACUCGAGAUUGACAAGAGUACUAAAUACCUGCAUUUGUUGUUUGGCAAUAAAUGUUCCGCUUGUGAAACUAACAAAUUGUAAACACGUAGAGUUUUUUGAAUGUAUCUUUGAAUUUAAGAUAGAGUAUGCAGCAACUUUUGUUUGCUAUGCAUGUCACCGCACACUCAAGGAUAUUUACCAGUUCAAGAGACAGGUGGAAGAUAGUCUUUCAAACCUUAACAAACAGGUUCAAAACUUAGACUGGAACAACACAAAACGUUCUAAACUCACACAAGCCGACAUAGAAAUAUUCCACACUCGGAACUCAGAGCCCAUUGAAAAAGACGUCAUCAAACCAAGAAGCUACAUUGAAAUAAAAACAGAAAUUAAAAUCGAAGUCGAGCAAGAAUACUCGGACCCGGAAAAUGAUGUUCCGUUAUCCGAGAUUAAGGAAAAAGAGAAAGAUCCUAACACUCCGUUCUUCGUACAUAAGCAUCAAGGAAAGAUUAAACUUGUCACGUUAAAUGAAGAAGAAAUGUGGGAGGAAAGGAGACGAGAAGCGGCCAAGGAGAAAUAUUUGAAGUUGCUGUACAAAUGUGAGAGUUGUAUUGUCGGGUUUGACCAUGAGCCAAGUUUGAAAGAGCAUAUGGAGAAGAGACAUACUGAGUCAACCGGAAGUUAUACAUGUGCGAUAUGUAAAUCAGUGCUCAUUUCUGUACCGUCCUACAAGGAACACAUGAGACGGCACUAUCGGAGGGUCGACUGUGGCGUGUGCGGGGCGCGCUACAGUACGGUCGGGUCUGCGCAGUCGCACUACGACAAGAUGCAUACGACUUCACCUACUAAAUACAAGUGCGAGCAAUGUGGACUUACUAUGUCUUCGUCGCGCGGCUUGCGCUACCACCGUGAGAAGCACAAGAAGGGCAAAGUGAACUGCGACCAAUGUGGGAGACAUUUCGUCAACAACUCCGGCCUCAAAGUGCACAUGUACACAGUCCACAAACUCUCCAACCGGACGUAUUCUUGCGGCUCGUGCUCUAAAACCUACCGACAGCGGUCCGGCCUCCUGUCGCACAUGGAGGCCGCGCACGGGGCCCACGGCGGGGCCUACUGCGCGCCGUGCCGCACGCACUUCCGCACCGAACACAACCUCAAGCACCACCUCAAUACGCACAGCAAACAUACCAAUGAGAAUGAUAAAAAAUUCGUGUGUAGCGUGUGCGACGCGCGCUUCAUACUGAGGGGGCAGCUGAAAGAACAUGUCGAUUGGGAGCAUCUCAAAAACAACAAGCAUAAGUGCGACGAGUGCAGUAAGGCAUUCAAGAGCGGCACUAAGCUGAGACGUCACAUAAACUACGUUCACGAGAAAAAGAGACCGCCGCGGAAUAAGAUGUGCGACCACUGCGGCCGCGGGUUCACGACGAUGGCGAUCCUGCGCUCUCACAUCCGCACGCACACCGGCGAGCGGCCGCACGCGUGCGCGCACUGCCCGGCCACCUUCGCGCACUCCGCCGCCCUGUACACGCACAACAAGCUGCUACACACACAGAAAACGACGUUGACAUGAGAUGAUUUGGCGAGGACGCG